AGCAGUGCGUCCGCCGCACCGCUGGGGACCAGCGCGCGCGGACCAAGGAGUCCCAGUCAGAGACAGAGCGAGGUACCGAGCGGUGCGGAGCGAGGACGCAGGACAUCCCGGAGGCCAGCAUCAGCAUGUUUCCAUCCCUCGAGCAUGAUCACACAGCUAGGCCCAGUCCUGGUGCUGGGGGUGGCCCUAAGCUUGGGGUGUGGCCAGCUUCUGCUGCAGGCACCUGAACACCCCUUCUCUGUGCUGUGGAAUGUGCCCUCGGCACGCUGUGAGGCCCACUUUGGAGUGCACCUGCCACUCAAUGCCCUGGGCAUCAUAGCCAACCAUGGCCAGCAUUUCCAUGGCCAGAAUGUCACCAUCUUCUACAAGAACCAGCUUGGCCUCUACCCCUACCUUGGGCCCAGGGGCACAGCUCACAACGGGGGCAUCCCCCAGGCUGUGCCCCUUGACCACCACCUGGUAUGGGCUGCCUACAAGAUCCAUCACAACCUGGAACCCAGCUUCUCUGGUCUGGCAGUGCUGGACUGGGAGGAGUGGUGUCCACUCUGGACCGGGAACUGGGGCCGCCGCCGAGCCUAUAAGGCAGCCUCCUGGGCUUGGGCACAGAAGGUAUUCCCUGACCUGGACCCUCAGGAGCAGCUCUUCAAGGCCUAUACUGGUUUUGAGCAGGCGGCCCGUGCACUGAUGGAGGACACCCUGCAGCUGGGACGGGCACUGCGGCCCCAUGGGCUCUGGGGCUUCUACCGCUACCCAGCCUGUGGCAAUGGCUGGCAUAGUAUGGCUUCUAACUACACAGGCCACUGCCACACUGCUACCCUUGCCCGCAACACCCAACUGCAUUGGCUCUGGGCUGCCUCCAGUGCCCUCUUCCCCAGUAUCUACCUCCCACCCGGGCUGCCGCCUGCUUACCAUCAGACCUUUGUCCGACACCGCCUGGAGGAGGCCUUCCGUGUGGCCCUCAUUGGGCACCCACAUCCGCUGCCUGUCCUGGCCUAUGCCCGCCUCACACACCGGAGCUCUGGGAGGUUCCUGUCCCAGAAUGACCUCGUGCAGACCAUUGGUGUGAGUGCAGCACUAGGGGCAGCCGGCGUGGUGCUCUGGGGGGACCUGAGCUUCUCCAGCUCUGAGGAUGAAUGCUGGCAUCUCCAUGACUACCUGGUGAGCACCCUAGGCCCCUAUGUGAACAACGUGACCAGGGCAGCCAUGGACUGCAGUCACCAGAAGUGUCAUGGCCAUGGGCGCUGUGCCCGGCGAGACCCAGGACAAAUAGAAGCCUUUCUGCACCUACAGCCAGAUGGCAGCCUUGGAGAUUGGGAGUCCUUCAUCUGCCACUGUUACUGGGGCUGGGUUGGCCCUACCUGCCAGGAGCCCAGGCCUGGGCCUAAGGAAGCAGUACAAAGCCAGGAGUCCCUGCCCUAGCCCCUUCUUUUCCUUGCUGCCACUUUCCCAGUACUGGAGUGGCUCUGUCCUACUCUUUCUCUAUUCAGCUUAUGAUCAAUCCUCCCAAGCACACCCCACUUCCACUCCACUUUCCUUAGGAUCUUUGAGGAAUGGAAAGGGCCAGAAAAAAAAACAACAACAUAAAACCAGAGGCUCAGGUGGGCACAGUUACUCAUGCCUGUAAUCCCAGCACUUUAGUAAGUUGAAGUGGGAGGAUUGCUUGAGCCCAAG